GCCUGGCCAGACAUUUCUUUCUUUAAUGAUGUCAGCGGUCAGGGAAGUGGCUGAUAAUAUAAGGACCUCUCCAAUCAGACGUCCUAAUCUACCUGCAAAGAUAAUAAUUACAAUAUAGAUGCCAAAAGAGAAGGUUCUGACAAAAUAGAACUUCUGAAGCAUCGUAAAUCACAUGACCAAUGUUUGUGAUCCUCGUUUAAAUGUUCAUGCGAAGAAGAAUAGGGGGUGUAACUGAAGAGUUGGACUAAAAUUUCUGCUAUGUAUUGAGAACCUAAGUGUGGGAUGCCGUGUUCUGAUCUAGAGACACGUGGUCUCCUGGUACUUAAACAGUCUGGCGUCACACAUGACAUGACCUAUAUUAAGAGAGACUAGUGCUGAAGAGUUUGGUGCUCAAUGGACAGGAGAGGCAGCUGGUGCUUUGAAAGGCAGAGGGGGCACCCUCCCUGAUGUCCAGAGAGAUAAGGGCCGACAGUUCAUGAACUGUGCUUGUCUGGAAGGAAGGCAAGGAGUUGAGAAAGAAAGAGGAAGGCCUGAGAUGGGGACUGAGAAUAUCUUUGGAUAAUAAGACCAGUUACACUGGAGUAGAAGGGUCAUUUAUGGAACAAAAGAUUGUGGAUUGUGUUGUCAUGGAAUUUUCCGGACCACUGUGACCCACUAGUGGAUAGUGAAAUUAAUAUAGAAGAUUUUGUGCCCUAUUUAAAAUGUUUUAAAAAUAGAAUAGGAAAUACAAGAGAGCUUCUCAGGGAGGGUAAGUGUUGACUUGUGAAACUUUGUUACGUAUAUGUAUUCUGGGUUGCAGUCUAAAAUGUAUUCCUUAUUGUGGGUCAUGCUCAAAAGAGUUCAGAAAACAGUGGACUGGACACUGCUUAAAGCUAUCUAAAUAUCUGUGUCGGCCAUUGGCAUUUGGCACAGAAGCCUGUGUACUAGCAUUUCAGUCUGUUGAACAAAUGGAGGGCAUUGGGUUCCAGCCCGAGGAAUUUGGAUUUUAUCCUGUAGGCAGUGGAAGUUUUUGAAGGUUUGUGGGCAGGAGGGUAAUGGGUCUUUAAGAAAAUUUAUGUAGCAGUUGUACAUAGGAUGGCUGGGUUCAGGAAAGAGGUAAGAGGCAGGCAAUCUAGUUAGAAGACGUUGACUGGGCCUUGCGUGAGUGACAGUGACCUAUGUAGGUUGGUCACAGGGGAUGGGAAGGAAAGAGGGCCCAGUAAUGACAGUGAUGUCUGGUUGGUUGGUUGGUUUGGUUGGUUUGUUUUUGAGACAGAAUCAUGUUCUGUUGCCGUGUGAUGGUGCAAUCUCGGCUUACUGCAGCCUCCGCCUCCCAGGAAGCGGCUCAGCCCCAGGGCAGCACAUCACAGCCACCGCAGAACACAGUCAUUCCUCUGCCGUCAUGCUGGGACCAGUCUUUCCUGACAAAUAUCACCUUCUUGAAGGUUCUUCUCUGGUUGGUCCUGCUGGGACUGUUUGUGGAACUGGAAUUUGGCCUGGCAUAUUUUGUCCUAUCCUUGUUCUAUUGGAUGUACGUCGGGAUGCGAGGCCCUGAAGAGAAGAAGGAGGGAGAGAAGAGUGCCUACUCUGUGUUCAACCCGGGCUGCGAAGCCAUCCAGGGCACCCUCACCGCAGAGCAGUUGGAGCGCGAGUUACAGUUGAGACCCAUAGUGGGGAGAUAGGACCCAGCUGUGCCAUCAUGCAGCUAACCUCAGACGUGAUCAUCUUCACCACUGGCUGUGGAUUUGAUUUCUGGUUAUAGGACUAAGGGCAGCUUGCGGGUUAGCUCUGUGACUGCAUAGUUCUACGUGCUUUCCCUGAUCUUUUGCUGCUAUUUGAUCUUUAAAUUUCUCCUUAGUUUUGGUGAAACUCUCUAAAAUACAUUCUGAUGCAAUUUAUAAAAAUUAUGUACUCAAGAAAGGAGUCCUGUUUCUCUCAAUUUCUCAUCUGUUUUGGAGAUGGCUUUAGAACACUAGAAAAGCACUGGGGAGAUUCUCAACUUAAAACAUCCAGCCAUUUGAAGGAAUGAUUAGGUACAUCAGGGCUUCAUAGUAAAUGUUCUCUUUAAGUCUUUUAAUGUUUAUAACAAUUUUUUUUCCCAGAAGGUUUAGGUUGCAAGUUUUGUGUUUUUGUUUUGCUUCCUGCUUUAAUUCUUUCAUUUUCUGUCAUUACUGGUAUUGACAAAUAAAAUAUCUUUAAAACAUCUCCUCUUCAGAAAUAGGUCCCCCUUCAUUGCCCAUCACUGUCUUUCACUCUCCUAUUAUUCUGCCACCACUGAGUAAAGGAAGGUAGGAAAAGACAAACGCCUAAGUGCAGGUGUGGGGAGGGGAGGGGUUUCACAAGUCGGUAUUGGAGAUUUCACAAGUGGUUGUUAACGACCAGUUCAGCAAGAAGUAUUGAGUGUGUACAAAGGGGAGAGCUGGAAGUGUAAGUCCAGACCUGUUGGCUGCUCGAGUUGUUUCGUACAUUCUAAGGCAGCAGUCCACAACCUUUUUGGCACCAGGUACCAGUUUUCUGGAAGACAGGUUUUCCAUAGAUGGGGUGGUGAUGGAGGUGGUGUUGGAAUGAAACUGUUCCACCACAGAUCAUCAGGCAUUAGAGUCUCAUCAGGAGCACACAGCCUAGAUCCCUCGCAUGCGAAGUUCACAAUAGGGUUCUAAGGGCGUUAGAGUAAGCAGCCUUUUCACCUGUGGGCCUCUGGUGAGAAAUUAUGUAAAUAGUGAUAAUCAGGCUUGAUUGUAAUGUUCCUUCCUCUUCCAGUACAGUGUUAGAGUUUGGGUUCAUUAAAAUUAAGCAAACUCCCAAUGGGUUGGAGCUGUUCUCUUUAAUUCCAUUUUGUAGCUAACCUUGUUGUAUUUCAGCCCUUGUUGAAAAUUCUUCUGGUAAGUGUUGCUCUUCCUCAUGGCACUUUUCCCAUUGGGAGUUUGGCUAUCCCUCAGAGCCAUCCAGUCAAGCACAAGGUCCAUUCUAGCUCACAGAAAAGUCUUUUCUUCCACGAUUUCUGUUUGAACUGGACAUGUAGAGAGUAUGGGAAACAGAUGAAUCCCUAUUAAACAUGAAGUUCAGAUUGUAUUUAAGA